AUGAACGCCCUCAACGGCCAACACGCCAUCCCCAACGUCGCCGUCGACGACCACCCUGACUCCCCUAUGGCUGACUCCCCCGCCACACCCGUCAACACAGCAACCUCCGUCGCCGUCAAGAUCAACGGCGAUCCCCCCCACGACGACGAGCCUUUUGCUAUCAAAAUAGAGAACGCCAAACUCGACGCGUCCUCGACGCGUCCCGCCGUCGGCACGCCCCUAGACCCAGACACCAUCCCCAUACACCCCCCAAAUGGCACCCCGCCGCCGUCCAAUGGCGAGCUCCUCGACGACGUCCGCAUGGCCGAGCAACAACAAACCACUCAGGAGACUCAGGAGUCGCAGGACACCCCCAUGGACGAGGAUCCCGCUCCCCCUAAUGGCCACGUCAAUGGCAACGGCAACGGUACUACGCCCGCGUCAAUUCCAAAUGGCUCGUCGCCAACUGCCGUCGACAACGCGCAUGACUUCCCCAUGAAUGAGGAUGAUGACGCACAGCCCCCACCAGCAAAGAGAGCGCGCAAGUCGUCCGACGCAGACAUGGCAUCGGCACAUACUCCUGCCACUCCUCCCCCAGUGUCGCCCACGUCCUCUUUCACCGGCAACAACGCUCCUGUCAUCGCUCCUGUCGACACUACACCGCGCGUGUCGACUCUCAGCGUCCAUCAACAUAAGUUUGCUACUUCGACUAUUCGCACUCUGAAGAAACUCAAGGACGCAGGGCCAUUCAAGUUCCCGGUCGACCCUCUUGCUCUUAAUAUCCCGCAUUACCCCCAGGUCAUCAAGGAGCCCAUGGACUUUUCGACUAUUGAACGAAAGCUCGCUUCGUCUAACCCCGUCAAGCCAGACCCAGAUCCUACUCACGCGAGAUAUUAUAACGCCGAGGAAUUCAUUACCGACGUCCGACGCAUCUUCCAGAACUGCCUUACGUUCAACGGUCCAGAUCAUGCCAUCACACAGUCCGGUCGGCGAGUGGAGGCCACGUUCGAUAAACAGAUCAAACAGAUGCCGGCUAACGAAGCGCCGAAACCUCCCGUUGUGAAAAAGGUCGCUACUCCACCUCCACCACCGCCUGCCCCCGCUCCCGCUCCUACCGCUGCGUCGAAAAAGCCUGCCGCUCGCCGGCAGUCGGUUUCCGUACCUGUCAUUCGUCGUAAUGAGGAGAAUCCAACGCGGCCCAAGCGGGAGAUUCAUCCGCCCCCGCCGAAGGACUUGCCUUACGCUGAUGCGCCGAAGAAGGCCAGGAAGUCCUCGAAGGGGUCAAAGGGCACGAACGGGGCUGAGCAAUUGAAGCACUGUGGUAAGAUCUUGGACCAGCUGGGGAGGAAGUCGCAUCACACUAUUGUCGCUCCCUUUGCGCAACCUGUUGAUCCUAUCUCUCUCGGCAUCCCUGACUACCCAAAGAUCAUUAAGAAGCCGAUGGACCUCAGCACGAUGCGUACGAAGCUCGAGUCUGGGCAGUAUGCCUCGGCGGAUAGGUUCCGGGAUGACUUCAAGCUCAUGAUAUCUAACUGUUUUGCGUACAACUCUGAUACCUCGCCGGUUCACAAGGCCGGCGUGGAGUUGCAGAAACUGUUUGAGGAAAAGUGGGGGCAUAUGCCGCAGCCGAGGAAUGAGACCGAGGAUGAUGACGAUGACGAGGAAGAUGACGAAGAGGACGAGCGCGCUCGUGCUAUCGCGGCGAUGGAGUCGCAGAUCGAAACGAUGAGGAACAGCAUCUCGGCAUUAAAGUCGUCUGGUGUUUCGAAACCUGCGAAGAAAGAGAAGAAGAAGGAAAAGCAUUCCAAGUCCUCUUCAGCCUCAGCCCCCAUCGCCUCAUCCUCGAAACCUUCGAAGAAGGAGAACAAGGCGCCACCGAAGAAGAAAGCUGGUGGGGGCGGUGGAGGAAAGAAGAAUGCUGCCGCUGCCGCUUCGCAGCCUGUCGCAGAGGACGACACACUUACCUUCGAGCAGAAGAAGGAUCUCAGUGAUGCGAUCACGAGGAUCGACGGGCAGAAGCUCGAGCGGGUCAUUCAGAUCAUUCAUGAGGGUGUUCCUGAGAUUCGAGACAGCCAAGAAGAGAUCGAGCUCGAAAUAGAUCUGCUACCCGCUUCCGUCCUCACCAAGCUCUACAACUUCGUCCUACGCCCCGUCCGCCAAGCACAAGCACCCAAGAAGGCUCGUACCGGCAAGGGCACCGGCACAGGCGGACUGAAGCGGAAGAGCAUGGACGAGGACGCCGAGGCGGAGAAGAUUCGACGACUGGAGGCGCAGAUGGCGUUGUUCGAGCAGCAGGCGAACGGCGGUGCUGCUAGUGCGACGAACGGUACGAGGCCGGGUGAUGCCGGGAUGGUGGCGGCGGGACAUGACAGCGACGGAUCGUCGGACUCGAGCUCGGACGAUGAUAGUUCUGGGAGCGACACUGAGUAA